CUGAUAUAAGAGGCUGCCUCAAUGGAGGGGGACUUCCAGCAGCUGCUUCAACCGUCCUGCCCCCCAGCUGGGACCAUGGAACUUCCCCUGCUGUGCACCCUGCUGGUGUUUGCUGGUGUGAUUCCAACCCAGGGUGGGAUCAUGAACCUGAACAAGAUGAUCAAACAAGUGACCAGGAAGACACCCAUCUUCUCCUACUGGUUCUACGGCUGCCACUGUGGACCUGGAGGCAGAGGCCAACCCAAAGAUGCCACGGACUGGUGCUGCCAAACCCAUGACUGCUGCUAUGAGCACCUGAAACUGCACCGAUGCCGUAUCCACACAAACCAUUAUGACUACACCUUUUCACACGGGGACAUCCAGUGCUCUGACAAGGGGACCUGGUGUGAGCAGCAGCUGUGCGCCUGUGACAAGGAGAUGGUCCUCUGCCUGCAGCGGAACCUGGACUCCUACCAGAGGCACCUGCGAUACUACUGGCGGCCCCACUGCCGCGGCCAGACCCCGAUGUGCUAGGAGGAGCCCCCCGGCGGUCCCAGCUCCCUGCCCUGUUCCUCAGCAUCUCCAGCUGAGGGUCCUGUGGGACUGCCGACACCCCUACCCAGGGUCCGACCCCCGGAACCAGCUGGGGGUGUCUCCACCUAACCCCACCCGCCUUCUUGCUCUUGGACCUUCUAAAUCUCUCCGCCCCGAGGCAGCAGCUAUCUCUUCCGAGGAUGCAUCAAGAUCUGAGGAAAAGCCAAGGCCAGGAAGCCCCGUGGGGACAGUAUUUGGGCCGAAGCAGCAGGGGUCAGGGGUGGGGAUUGGGGGGGCCGUGGUGUGGCAGGUCCUCCCUGCCGCUGCCACCUGCCAGGCCACCUGCUGAGUCUCGCCCCCUCCGAUCACGCUGUCCAAGCUGCAGCAGGGGUGGCCUUUCUGAAGGACCACGUGGCUACUUCUUAAGACCCCGUAAGCCCUCCGCCGCCCCAGGGUAGGACCUCUCACGGUGUUUGGGACCCACAGUGUCCUGCACUAUGUCACUCUCCCAAACUAGACUGGCAGGUCCUUGCAGGCAGGGCCCAUGACCACCGUGGAAUCAGGUGCAUCCUUGCACCCGAAGCAGUAUCUGGGACCAAGAGGGACUCUACAAAUCCCUCUCAGGCUAAGGGCCAGAUGAAGCUGCCUCGUCCUCUUGCUCUAGGCCCAGGUCCUCACGCACAUGCGGUGUGUCCUUUCCUGCUUCCAGGAGUUUUCUCAGGCUGGGACCUCUGCAGAGUGCUCCGCUUACUGUCCCCAGGUGGCUGAGCCCCACCAAGGGCCCAAGGGCUACUUGGAACAGAGGUCUCCUCUGGCUGAUUCCUCCUGGCUCUUGCUCCCUCCUCCAAACCUGCAGAGCAGUUUAUGAGUCUGGAAUGUACCAGGUUUUAUCUUGAGUGGUAUAUAGUAUCUGAACUUUCCCAGUGUCCUCCAACUAGACUGGAGCUGCUGGAGGACGGAGGCUACGUCUCUCAUCUUUGUUUCCUCUGCUCCCGGAAAUAAUAGGUGCUCAAUUAAUAUUUAUGGACCAAUGAGCCCAUAAUGGAUGGAUGGAUGGAGGUUGUGGGAGAUGUUGCUGGGUCCCUACCCAGAUCCCCUCCCGGCCCAGUCCCCCAAUCUCCAGCUAAGCCAGAUGUUUGGCUGCUGUGUGCCCACAUCUAUCUCCUUCUCCUUGUCUGCUGGGAGCUACCAUGCCUCCCACCCUGCCCACCUCUAACCCGUAUCUAGGGAGUGCAAUACCAGAAGGGAGUAAUUGCCCAGCCCCUGCCUCCAUGCAGGACCCCCUGGACAGCACAUUGCAUGUCCCAGAGCUCCUCUUGGGACCAGGCUGAGGCCAGAUGUCUGGAACACCUCUUUGCUUAGCUUCAUACCCUAGUCUGGCCUGUUUCACUUGUUGCCUUACAGGUUUCUCCUGUGAGCACGCCCUCAGUAAAUUACCCAUUUGCACAAGAA